UUCGCAGUAGUGCCACAGUGCCAAGGCAUCUCCCCUCUAGCGCUUCCCCUCGUGCCCCUCUCCGCCGCUGCCUCCGUUAGGUUACGUGUUCCUGUGUUACGUGCAGAAGGAUACCCGAUGUCCCGCCAGAUCCCCAUGAUGUACCGCGACCCCUUCUUCAGGGACCGCGACCCCUUCUUUAGGGACAUCUUCUCCGACCGAGAUAUCUUCGGCGAGCGGGAGAGGCGCGAGCACGUCUUCGACCGGCCGUCCAAGCUCUUCGACCAGGUGAAGGACCAACACUUCGGCGCUUCAAUGGCUCCUGACGACGUGUCUGUCCCGAGUUCCUCCCUCUACAUGCGCUCCCGGAGACCGCCGAAGGAGAGAUCGGGCGUCUCGCAGCUCUCUCAGGAUCAGGACAAGUUCAUGAUGUGCUUAGACGUGCAGCAGUUCACGCCCGACGAGCUGAAGGUGCGAGUGGUCGAGGGCGUGGUAGAGGUCGAGGGGAAGCACGAGGAGAGGGAGGACGAGCACGGGUCCAUCUCGAGGCAUUUCCUCAGGAAAUACCGGCUGCCCGAAGAUGUCAUGAUGGAUAUGGUAGGCUCGACCCUCUCGCCCGACGGAGUGCUGACGAUCGAGGCGCCCAAGAAGAAGCUGGAGCCGCCCCCUCCCUCCCAGCGUGACGUGCCUAUCAAGAAGAGUGACGACAAGGCAUAGGAAUCGACCGUGCUGAUAGGCCUGAGCUGAGUGAUGAACUGAUGGUGUAAUGAUGAGGCUGAAUUAAAUCAUUAAAUCUUCUUACCACGUGACCAACGUACUUCAAUUCGCGUCUGUGUUUGGUAUUCUCUUAUGAAUGUCUAACUACAUUGGAUCUAAUACCCAAGUCUUUACCCUGUGAUCGGUCCAGCUAACACGAAAUAAUCGCCUUUGGUCUUUGGGAGAUUAUGAAGUUUUGUAGGUUUAUUUUAUAUAGUAUUUAAUCUAGAAAAGGGCUUUUAUGCUUGGCUUAUUCUGUGUGGGUCGUUUGUUUGUUUGUUUGUUUUACCUCGUCUUCUCUUCUUAUUCUUAUUCAUUCUCUUCUUCCUCCUUCUUCUUCAUCUUUAUCGUAGUGUCACUCUCUCAGCUCUUUGGCUCUGUCUUGCGCCUACGCCUUGCUAUGUAGGCCUAUCCACUAUUUCUAUAAUAUUUAUUUAUUACAUUAAUACAACUAACACAAGAAAGUAGUCUAUACACUCUACGUCUAUUAAUUAAUAACCGCUGGAUUUUGCAUGAUUUACCUCGCUAUUUAAAUCACAAUAGUUGUCUAAAAGAGGUUUUGUUGAAAGCACAAUGGUAACUUAUUUUUGCCGUGUGUUUCCUGUAUUUCUAUAUCUUUCUAUAUCUGUAUUACUAUUCCUUGCCUCUUAUGUUUUUGUGUUCUUCCUGUAUCUUCGUGCUUUAUAUAAAAAGUACUGUAUUUGUUAUUGUCUUUUCGAAAGGAAAAUCUGGUAACUCACACGUAACAUCCAGCUUUGCCAAAUCUGUUUAGAGAAUAAAUUUUAAAAAUGUUGUUGGACAUAGCAAAUUCCAAUAAAAAGAUCGCAAAAAACACUAAAUAUGUGUAAAAAGGAGUAUUAAAUGUCAUCUGAUUAAAAAAAAAGGAAGUUAUUUGGUGAAUCGAAGUUGUCCAGAGCCCGGCUGAGCUGUCAGUUCUAGUACUUCUCAAGUAAAAUACAAUCUGGUUCGUCAUUUCGGCCUUCUAUGUGUAUUCCUAAUGCGCUUAAUAAUUUAAAUAUCAUUGGAUCGCUGUACUCUACUCGAUUCUUUGUUACCGAUUAAUUAAGUUUUAUAUUCCGUGUCCAUUCUCCUUUACAACAUUAUUAGUUAGUAUACAAAUGUAUUUUCGUAGAUAUGUGUAUGUCACUCAAUCCAACUGCUAACGCCGAGCCUUUAUCUUACGUAAUGCAGCCAUCUGUACAAGCCAAAUAUAGGGAUUACAAUUAAAAUUUCGCUAAUGUAUAUUCUAAUAAACUAAAGCUAUAUA